CGCGGUCCUUACAAAAUCGCUUAAUAAACCAACAAACAUUGUUUUUGUUGGCUGUUUUAAUAAUUUUUGAAAAAGUUAAUUUCAAUUAAAAAAUUAAAAGUAUCAAAUAAUUAAUAUGGGUUGUGAUGGUGGAACAAUUCCCAAACGGGAUGAGCUCGUUAAAACUAAGAAGAAACCAGAACAGAAAGAUAAAGCAGCCGAGUUAUCUUUCCGGUGGCAACACUGCGCAAUUACGCAGCAAUCACUAACAGCGCCGAUUGUUGCCUGCGAAAUGGGACGUCUCUACUCGAAGGAAUCAGUUAUCGAAGCACUCUUGGACACCUCUGAAGAAAAUGGAUUAAAAGAUGUUGCACCCCACGUGAAAAGCUUAAAGGACGUGAAAGAACUUGCUCUUACAGAAAAUCCGUUGUGGGUGGAUUUAGUCCGUGGCGAAACUGGGGAUAGUUACAUCGACGUGCAAAAAGCUAAAUGGGUCUGUCCCGUCUCUGGAAUGGAGAUGAAUGGUCGUUUCAGAUUCUGCUAUUUGUGGUCGUGUGGAUGCGUGUUUAGCGAGAAAGCGCUUAAAGAGAUGAUGAAGGUGAAAGAGGAAGGAAAUGAAUGCCCAAAAUGUCUGAAAACAUUCCAAUUUCUCGACAUCAUCACCCUCAACCCAACUGAGGAAAGAGAUAUUGUCACCCUUCAAGAGAAAAUGAGCCUUCGUCGAAUUAUAGCGAAAGACAAGAAGGAAGCAAAAAGAGCUGGAAGCAAGAAACGACUCGCUGUAACUGCAACAGCGACGAGUACUUCAGAAUCAAAUGGAGAAUCUGCAAUUUCCUCAUCUUCAACCGCAUCAGCAGUGACUAGCAAUGGAAAAUCUGCCCACCGCAAGAAUGGAGAUAAUGAUGAUUCGCCAUCCACUUCUAAAAAGUCGAAAAUUAUUCCACCCCCAAAACCCCCAACGGCCGCUGCUUCUACGUCAAAAUUAUUGAGCAAAGCUGGGACUUCGGCGUACAGCGUGGCAAAAGAUCCAAAUGCCAGUGAAGUCUACAAGUCCCUUUUUACAACGCAUCAGUCUGAAGCAGAUCAAGGUAGAGCCCACUGGGUCACAUACAACCCUUUUUACAACUAAAAAAGUAAUCCUCAAAGAUUAUUGUGAAAAUUCGAAAAUAUCAGAUUUAAUUAUAACGGAUUUUAAUUCUUGAUACAAGUUAAGCAUACUUUCUCCUAAUCCUCUUACUCGACUGUUAUUACGUUAUAAAUCGUAUUAAUUUGAUAAAUACUUGUUAUUAGGUACGUUUCAUCGCUACUAUUUAUUAAUCGAAUUGUCAACUCGAAUAUAAAUAAAGUUUAAUACUACAAUUCA